AUGGAUAAUCAGGGCAAGACUUCAACUUUAAGAGUAAAGUAUAAGUCUAGUUCACCAAAAAUAAAAAAUAGAAAUGGCGUUGAAUUGAAAUAUAUGUCAAUAUUCGCAAUGCUUUCGGGUUUACGUUCGCCGAAAUCUAUUGGUCUCACAAAUGCAGUAGUGAUUGAAAAGUUUGCCAAACAAUCCAAACCCUACCAAAUUAAGAGUUUAUACAAUAGUUCUCCCUAUCGUUAUUUAUUUCACCAUGUUAUUAACACUAAUGGAGAGAAUAUUCAUAUGGACUCUGAUUGGCCCCAACUGUUAAGCGAUGAGCCGAUGGGUGCGCCCAAAGUCCACGGUUUGGACCCAAAGGACUUACGGUUUGUACUCAAUGACUCGUUUCAUGAAACUUGUGAUGGCGUGUGGGCCGACUACUUCCUAUAA